GUUUGUUUUUGUUAUUAUUGCGCGAUAAGAAAGUUCAACGUGGCCGUUUCCACCAAAUCAGAAAACAAACACGGGUGCAAUCGGUGCAAUACAAACGGUCGCCGCUCUAGAGUACGAAUUCGACCGCAUAAUGCAAGUGAUAAGGCAAACAAUUAAACUUCGUUCAGCCGGAACUAUCUGCUACUCGAAUGUCAGGCAACUCUCAACGACAACGCUAUCGACGGGUGGAUUUGCAAGCAUAGAAGGUCGUAAGCAAAGGCGACGGGGUCAGCAUGGAAACGAUUCUUCUUCUGGGGGUGAUAUACCGAUUGGUUCUAUAGCUUCUUUGUGUGGAUUUUUCACUGGUUUCUGGUUACGUCCAACCGAUGAAGAUGAUGGUCACGGGACCAAACGAACAACGUACUCAUUUUUGCCCAGUGUUUCGGCCGCUACCCAUGGCAAAGAUCUGAAGGGUCGUCGGGCAAUGUAUAAUUUUAUAGCAGAUGUGGUUGAUGUAUCUGCCCCGGCAGUAGUGUACAUUGAGAUUAAAGAUACGCGGCAUUAUGAUUUUUUCUCCGGUCAACCGGUGACGGUUUCCAACGGAUCCGGAUUUGUCAUUGAGCAGGAUGGUUUGAUUUUGACUAAUGCUCAUGUAGUGAUAAGUAAACCGAAUGCGCUAGUUACUGUGAAAUUACUGGACGGACGAACCUUCCCGGGCACCGUUGAGGAUGUGGAUCCAAAUUCGGAUCUUGCAACGGUGCGAAUCAAAUGCCAGGAUCUACCGGUUAUGAAGCUCGGUAAAUCGUCCGAACUCAGAUCGGGCGAAUGGGUAGUAGCCUUGGGUAGCCCACUUGCGUUGAAUAAUACCGUAACAGCGGGAGUAGUGAGCUCCACUCAACGACCCUCUCAGGAACUGGGAUUGCGUGGAAAAGAUAUUAACUACAUUCAGACAGACGCAGCGAUAACUUUCGGUAAUUCCGGAGGACCACUGGUGAAUUUAGAUGGUGAAGCGAUUGGCAUCAACAGUAUGAAGGUGACGCCGGGUAUUAGUUUCGCAAUUCCAAUUGAUCACGCUAAAGAGUUUCUGCAAAAAGGAGCCGAUAGGAGAAAAGCGAAAGGUUACAGCACCGCGAAGAUUCCGGUUCGACGAUAUAUGGGUAUCACGAUGUUAACGUUGACGCCGGAAAUUCUAAGGGAACUGCGCCAGCGAAGUCUAAACGUGCCAGAGAGCGUUCAAAGCGGAAUUCUGGUGUGGAAGGUUAUUCAAGGAUCGCCAGCGCAUGUUGGCGGUCUCUACCCGGGUGACAUCAUUACUAGCAUAAACAACAAAGAAGUGAAAAACUCUGCCGACGUGUAUGAGCUGCUGGCAGGCAAGGACCGUGUCCUUACAAUCAGUAUCUACCGUGGAGUGGAGAAGAUGACCGUAAAGGUGAACCUCGAAGAUUCAGAAUAG